GGUGACAGCAGCUUCUAAAGACCUGGUGCCUCUGAGAACUGUUAUGGGCAUGCCUGCAGCACCUGGCAAGGCUUCAAAACGACCUCGGACAGACACCGACGGAUCCAGACCAUCUUCAGCACUGUCUUCAAGGUCUGACGGAGAAGGAGCUACUGAUCCAGCAUUACAAAUUAAGAUUGAGGAGAAAAAACCGAAGGCCAGCUCGGCGUCGUCCCCGGCGCAGCGCGGGCGGCGCGCCACCACGGAGAUGUCGUCGCCGCUGCUGCGCGUGCCGCUGGAGCGCGGCUGGAAGCGGGAGCUCGUGUACCGCGCCGCGCUCGACGCGCACUCCAGGAGGAACGCCGAUAUCUACUACUACACGCCCUAUGGGAAGAAGCUGAGGUCUACGAGGGAGAUCGCAGAACACCUGGCUGGCACCGGACUGACAGUAGAAAACUUCUCCUUCUUCAAAGAACCUCUCGGCGUGGACGACCCUGAGAAAGAAAUUAUAAGAGACGCGAAGCUGAUCCGUCGCGUGGACUCCCCCGUGGCGGCCACCGCGCCGGCCGCGGCCGAGGGCAAGCGCACGCCCAAGCCCAAGCAGCCCAAGGGCGCCAGCCCCGAGCCCGCCCCCACAAACAACAAGUCACCGCCCGCCAAGCUGAAGCAGGUGAAAUCGAUGGGUUCCCGACUAAGUAACAGCGCGCCCCCCGCGGCCGCGCCCGCGCCCGCCAAGCCGCAGAAGAAGCCCGCAACACCCGCCACCACCAACAACGCCGACAACAACAACAGCGCCGCCUGGAAGAAGCCGAGUGCAAUUAACCCUCCGCUGCGGGUACUGAGCGGGGGCGAGUGUAGUGCGGUGUCGGCCAGGCCGUCGCAGCCGCUAGCCUCGCGGCCGCCCGCUAGCGCGCCCCCUCCCGCGCCCCCUCCCGCGCCCACUCCCGCGCCCUCCACUGCCGCGCCCGCGCAAGCUGUGGCCUCGCCUGCGCCCGCGCCCCCUGCGCAGAUUGAUGUACAGCCGACGCGACCCGAGCCGUACCGGCCUGAGGCGGCCCGGGCGUCGCCCCCUGGCGCGGAGGCGGGCCGGCCGCCGGCCCCCGCGCGGGUGGCGGUGCAGCCGUGCUCGAUGUCGUGCGGGCGCGGCGCCGUGCCGUCGCUGUCGUGCGCGGCGUGCCUGUGCCUGUACCACCCCGCCUGCGCCGGCUACACGCACGCGCCGCCGCCGCACCCCUUCAUGUGCAAGAAUUGCCGCAAAUCCACAUCGCCGCCGCUAGAGCCGCACAAGCCUGGCGCCGGACUGCCGACCCCCGUCCCGGUCCCGGUCCCGGUGCCCGUGGCCACGCCGGUCCCGCGCCGCGUGCCCGUGCCCGGGAAGGUGCCGCGCGACAAGAGGCUCAUGCUCAGGAUGAAGGUGGCGGGCGGCGGCGCGGACGGGUCCCGCGUGUGGGCGGUGGCGGGCGGCGCGGCCCCGCGCGCGCUGCCGCCGCAGGGCCUGGCCGUGCUCAACGGGAGGCGCUUCGUGGUCGUGCCCCGCACGCUGCUCACGCACCCCGCCAACUGUGAGGAGAAGCGUCGCGGCGGUCGUGUCGCCAACGGCGCGUCGUCGCCGAGCGCGGUGACCGCGGCCACGGCCUCGCCGCGCCGCCGACCCAGGCCCAAACCUGACGAUACUGACCACUUCACAGCCUUCUAUAAUAAGGCACAAGAGAAGAACUAUAAUGUUGUUGUACAGAUCUUCCAAUACCUGGGCAUGCGCGACCUGGCUCACUGUGCGCGCGUGUGCAAGCUGUGGCGCCAGCUGUCCGCCACGCCCGCGCUCUGGAGACAUGUCAGGAUGAAGAAUUCACAUGUAAGUGACUGGGCGGGUUUAUGUGCGGCUCUAAAACGUCACGGUACCAAGAGACUGGACCUUCGCAAGAUGUUACUGCCACAAAACGACACCGUGUUCUGGGAGCAGUUCGCGCAACACAUAUCCACUGUCGACACGUUGGAGAGGAUAGAGAUGUGCCGCUGCCCGGCGCGCGCGGUGGAGGCGGUGUCGCGCGGGCUGCCGGGGCUGCGCGCGCUGUCGGCGCUGGCCAUCCGCGACGCGCUGCUGGACCCCGCGCCGCUGGCCGCGCUGCCGCUGCUGCACGAGCUGCGCCUCAAGUCCAUGGCCGGCCUGUCGCUGGCGCGCGACCUGUCGCACCUGGCCGCGCUCACGCAGCUGCAGCAUCUGUCGCUCACGUCCAUCAAGGAGCUGGGCUGGUGCGCCUGCGAGGUCAUCGGCUCGCUGCCCGCGCUGGAGUCGCUGGAGCUGGGCGAGUGUACGUUCCGCGCCGAGUUCGCGGGCGUGCUGGCGCGCCUGCUGCGGCUGCGGCGUCUGCGCCUGGAGCGCGGGACCCCGCACUGCGCCGCGCCCGACAUCCUGCGCGCGCUGGCCACGCUGCCGCUGCUCACGCGCCUCGAGCUCGUCAACAUCGACGUCAAGCCCGGCUUCGACGAGGCGCUGGCCGCCUGCAGCAACGUGCAGCGGCUGCUCAUCAUCCCCACGUACGUGUCGCAGUCCGCCACCACCAACCGCCAGGUGCUGAGCGGCGUGUUGCGGCUGCGGCGCACGCUCACGCACCUCAUGUGGGGCGUCACCAUCGAGCUGCUGCGGGUCACGGAGCUGUUCAUCGACCAGUGCGAGCAGGCGGGCGAGGCCAAGAAGCGCGACGUGGGCGAGUGCAUCCCGGUGCUGAAGCCGGUCCCGGGCUGCCGCCUGCCGCCCGAGCUGGCGGCCGUGGCGGGCCCCCCGCAGGUGGAGAUCCUGCCGCUGCCCACGCUGCAGCGGCUGCUGUCCGCGCAGCUGCCGCACACCAAGCUCAAGCUGCUGCGCAUCCCCUUCCACGCCACCUGGCGCCAGUCGCUCGCCGACUUCCAGUAGCCGCCCGACAAGCUUGUACAUACCCUGCAGGAGGCGGAAUCACUCAUCGCUAAAGGUAAACCAAAACGAAGGAAACCAGAGAAACAGUCACUUUGAAUUGUACAGUGUUUUAAGAACCAACAUCUAAACGAAAAAUACAAAACGCUGUCACGCGAUACUUAGGCUGCCAUAAACAUCACAAAGCAUUUGCUUAGCACUAUUCCUGCCAAAACAAAUUAAUAAGCCAACAAAACACGGGAACAUACACUUAAAGCAAUUGAUAGGUAAAUAGUAAAUAUACUAGGCCUUACAACUACGUUUACAGUUCGAUAAUUCUAUAGGUUACCAUAAAUCAGUCUGUGAGAAUUUAGCCUUAAACAUAGCUUACAUAUUAAUGCAUAGCUCUUUAAACAAGUUUAACAUUAUCUACAAAUAAUUAUAUACUAGAAAUUUUACUAUUCAGAAUCAAAUAGUCACAUUUAUCUAGAAAUUUCGUCCGAUUUAUAAUCUGGAACAGUUGGUGGAAUUUAGCCUUUAUAAAGUAUAGCAUAGCUCUGAUAUAUAUUAUGUAAUGUAGGUUUUAUUGCUGUUUAAAGCAGUGCUCAAUAUAAAACCUUGGUUGUAAAAUUUUAUAUGAUUGAUGUUAUGCAGUUGUUGGCAGACUCCUUGAUAUACACCCAGAAAAGUCGUCCAGAAGUGUCAUGCUGUCUCUAUCACUCAAAAAUUAAAUAUGGAGGCGAAUAGACACAGUAGACCAACACUGAAUGUAUCGUUAUUGAAUACGAAUGACUGACUCGAUGCUUCGUAAAUUUGAGCGACUCAAUUUCUUCACAAUUGUAGAGAAGUUACAUCUAAAAGGCCUCUAACAAAGAGGUUAAUUUUGUAUUUUAAAGAUAAGGCCUUUCUUUCAUAUGCGAGCACGUGUUCGCGAUGCGUCUGAAUAUCGCGCAUAUUUAAGCAUCAAUGCAAACAAACAGGUGUGCACAAGAUGUUUGCCAACAACUAGCUUUACUGAGGUACCAAAUAGGGCAAUUAAAUGAAUACUAAAAUAAAGAGUUUAAAAUAAACGCCAAUUACGAUUUGAUGUGCUUAGCUUAAAACGCGAAAUAUUAAAACGAAGGUUGCUAACCAUAUAUCAUUUUUCUGACAUUAAAACAUGAUAUCACCACAAUGUAGUUCAUAUUUCAAUUAAAAACCAUUUUCCCGAAUGUUUUUUUUUGUGCUGUUAUAGAGAUAUACUCGUAUAUAAACAAACGGCUUUGGAGAAUUCGCAAAUCAAUGAUAACUCUAAUGCAACAAUAAAUUGUGGUUGGCAACUUCUUUAAAUAAAGUUCAAAAGUUGCUAAAAUUAUAACAACGUACAAUAAAGCACUCAUAAUCUAUAAUAUAAAUAAAGAUGAAUGAUAUAACGAUAUUUUUACUAUGUACAUAUGUGUAUAUAUUACUAUAUUUACCGCUAGUGUAUCACAAAGUAUAAUAUUUGUAUUGUAUAACGUAAAAUACUUAAAGUAGUAUAUUAUAUUUUAUAUAUUCAGUUGGUUAUAUACACAGGUUAAAGCAUAUUUAGUUAAAAUUAACGCUUCGAUUUAACCCGGAAUCGUGACGUCAAGUAGUUAAUAUUUAUUGUACCAGCAGGUACUCAUGUUGUGUGACGACUAUUCAUAUCACUGGCUAUUUACUAAAAAUGGGCAAAGGGGUCCCCCCGGUCCGCGUGACAAGCUGUAACAUGUCUACAAGGUGUCUUACUCGCAAUAACUAACGCCUGCGCCCGCGCACAGCGUAUAGGACACGCAUAUUAUAUACUUUUGGUACAUACAUAGAUAUAUUUUUGUAAAACCGGACUCUUCCAAACAAACACCAAUCACAGUUGAAAUACGAUUGUUUAUGACUGUAAAUGAAGUACUAGAUUGUAAUAAUAUUAUGAUUGAAAAGUUAUUAGUUUUUAUUAAUAUAGAAAUAUUAUAUAAAAUGUUUUAAUUGUAAGACUUGUAAAUAUUUUUUAAGAUAUCUUAGUGAUCAGUGCCUACAAUAUUGAUUUCUAUUAAUCAGACAAGCAGAGGCGUGAUUAAACAGUUAACGCGUGUAUUUUUUUAAUUUUAAUAUUAGUUAGUUGCUUGCACGUCUAAAGUUUUUGUACUGACUUCAAAAUUAACAUGCAAGUUGUAAAAUGUAAUGUGAAGGUUAAUAUUAAAUUUAAUCACAGUUUUAGGUCUUGACUGCCAUGGUUAAGUUUAAAAUGUCUAGCAAACAUACAAUUGGCAGUCAAAAAUUAUAAUAACAGAAAAGUUAACAACAACAUUAUAUCUUACAAUUUUAUUCAUCUAAAUCAAAAUCUGUCUACUCAUAAAAGUAAAAAAAAAAAGUUCAAGCAAAUCACAAUGUGUAUUGAAUGAUAAGUUUUGGAAAAAGACUGAAUCAUAAUAAGGAUAUAUUUAAGGUUUCGUAAAGUCAAUGUAUUCGAUGGGCACACAGGUCAGUCUGUUUCUGAAACGAGUCGGAAACUUCAGAUGUGCAAGCAUACGUUAUAGGGGAGGACGGCGUCGCGUACUAAUGCCAAAUAACGCGGUACGUCUGUUUUUAAAGGGUUACGCGCGACUGUGUGGGAACCAUUCACGAUAUUAUGUAGAGGAAAGUUGGCAGAACGUAUUAAGGAUAUGAAAGUACCUAGGUUUAUUUGAUUUUGCAUAUUUAUCAGUGAAAUGUUAAUUAUAAUUAUCAUCAUCAGUAAUCUUGAAAGCUAAAAUGCUUUAGUUCAUUCUUUUCAUAGAAGUAUUGCAGCAUUUGUGAGUAAAAAGUUGUCUAGAAAUAAACAUUUGAUAUCUUCAAUGAAAUUGAUCGUGAAUGGUUAACAGACAAACGUGUAAAAUUUCAUUAUACAUAUAAUUAGUUGUAAAAUUAUGUGGCAAUGUUUGAAUAUAUUAUUUUUUUAGACUUGUAUACGCAAAGUACAAGGUUUUGUGACGAGAGAUGGCGUCUCGGUCGUGUUUCGUGUUUUCUCGAAAGUAAAAUAUAAUAUAUAUAAAGAUUGUAUAUUUACAUCUUUUUUGAGUUUUAUGUGUGCGCCUUGAUAUCCAUAAACGCUUUAUAAUGACAACUAAUCUAAUUUUUAAUAAAUUCUUAUUUAGGAAGAACGUAAAUGGGUAUCUAUUUCAAAUACUUCUAUAAAAUUAAAUUUUCCUAAAGUAACUACUCUAAAAUACACGAUAGUACGGAACACUUUACAGGCGAGUCUGACUCGCAAUCGACCGAAAGCUAUCAAAGAAAUACUCCAAUUCCUAAUAAAAAUCCCAAAUGGGAUGGCCCCAAUAAAUAACAAGAAUUUAAUUUAUUUCAUGUCAAACUUCCUAUACAGCGUUUAUGAAUUUAAAAGGUAAAUCUAUUGACGAGACGCCGACAGGGCUAGUUAAGUCGGCUAUCGAAGCGUGGGCUAUGAUACUAAUAUCUAUUAAUUUGCGAAACAUUAUAAUUUAACCAUUCUAAAUAUUUGCAACUGAGAAAAUUAUAACCAAAAUCACGAUCUCAGCAUUAAAUAAUUUGAUAUCUGUUGGUGACAUACUUAAACGACACUUAUUUUAAAACUGUUGAGUUUAAAGCCUUCUUAAUUAUUAAACGAGCCUACAGCCACUUCUUAAAGUAUGAUUGUGUUUGUGGCGGCGUGACAGCGAACUAUGCUCUCUCCCACAACUACAAUAUUUUUUCUUUAGAAAGAUAGUGGUGGCUGAAACUAUAGUCAAUAGCUUGUCUUAAGACACUCAAAUAACGUUAUAACAAUUGGAAGAAAGUGCAGAAAUGUUUGACCAAUAAUAAAGCUGUGUUCUACACUUUAAAACAUUUUCGCACAUUAUUUUAAUAGUUUCAGAGUAUAUCUUCCAGUGUAUUGCAAGUCUUUGCACUUGGACGUGGGCUUACCAGAUUUAAGAUAAAAAUACAUUUAAAAUAUAAGUGUCGUUUUAGUAUACAUGGGUGUUUUCUAUUGUUUCCAAUCUUCUCGUCUAUAACUCUUUAGUGGCGUUUUAAAUUUAUUUCUUGUGGCUUCGAAGCAAUUGGUUUUAUUUUAUUGAGAUGACUGUUAAAUUAUUUAUUUUAUUAGAUUAUUUAUUCAAAAUUUCGAUUAAGUCUAAAUUUGAUAUUAGCUUUAUAUUUAAAAAUAAUGUUGUGUGAUCUGCAGUUUAUCGUCUUAUUUUAUAUGGCGAAUAAACUUCAUAGCAUUUAUGAUUCACAUGCACAACGGAACAUGAAAAUUCCUUCCUUUUUCGUAUAAGAAUUUAUAGAAGUAACGAUACUAUAUUAGCGACGUGUCUACUAAGAAAUACUUAAAGUAAUUAAGACAAAAGAAUACCGCCACUAUUUCUGUUUAACCCUAUAUAAGAGUAUUUUAAAAUAAAUCAAUUUUCUUCUAAGCCACAACUGACUAAUGUUAGCGUAAGCACCAUGACUUGUGUUAUUACAAAGCAUAGCUUUUAGUAUAAUUUGGACAUCAGUCUAUUGUUUAAAAUCUCUUGAAAUGAAUGAUGCUUCUUAUACUUGCAGUUAUAUUUCUCGGGACUGCCGAAUUUGGCGCUUGUGUUAUGUAAAAAAUGUAAAUGACUUGCUUAUUACAAAUUGUUACGCGCGUUACUUUGUGUUAUUUGACUGCUUCAUGUCUAAGGAAGCUUAAACUAAUGAUAUUUCAAAUUUCAAUGCAAUAUCCUUUCAAUUACAUCUUUGGUAAACAAUAUUUGUUACUAAAAUUGUUUUCGUCUUGUGUGUGUCGGAGAAUAUUCGUCAUUAGUUUCGCAUUGUGUUAUAACUCCUUACAGGCAUGUAAUACAUAAAAUCAGAAUGAGUCUGAAUAUUUUUCCAUAGAUAUUUAAAACUUUAAGUCAAAAAGCAAACUCUUAAGACAAAAUACGUCUCUAAUCGAUAUUUUUAGCUGUGACAAAUAAAUAAUAUGUAAAAGGUAAUUUAGAAAAUAAAAAUCGUUUGGGCUUCCUUACUGUAUGGAGUUAAUCAGAUAAUAGAAAGUGUGUGAAGCAGUCGUAAAGUUGAGGCGCAGGAACUUUGUAUAAUUAGAUUACAUUAUAGGUUAAAGACAACUUUGCUAGUAAGCAGGGGUGACUUAUGAAUAAACGGUUGCCGAAA